AUGUGUUUUAUAGGCAAAAAAGAAGUUUUGCCCUUCAGCGGUGGUGACCUACAGCAGGGCUCUGCCUGGCUCUGCGUCCCUCUGUCCAGUGGUGGUCGCAAGCGAGGCCUGCACCGUAAUUGCCAUCACCAUAGUCUGAAGAAGCUACUCUCUCGCACAAACGAUCUGGAGCCUGGCUUUCUCCAAGACAUCACUGAUGGGAAGCUCUAUGGAGAGUCCAAUUUUUUUAUUGCUGGUGAGAACACCAUUCAGCUACUAUUAUUUCAGGAUGCAUUUGAAGUUGCUAACCCUUUAGGAUCUGCCAGAAAAAAACACAAAAUCUUGGGGAUGUACUACACCAUCGCUAACAUGCCACCAUUCGCUCAAACAAAAGUUCAUGCGAUGCAGUUAGUAAUGUUGUGCUAUGAGUCCACCUUACAAAAAGUGGGACAUGAUGUUGUGAUGAAGUCUCUUGUAUCAGACCUUGCAGAUCUUGAAAAAGAUGGUGUUACAGUAAAUGGAGUCAGAUACAACUGCGGCUUGUUGUCAUGUCUCGGUGACAACCUCGGAAGCCACGGGAUAGGGGGCUUUGUAGAGUCGUUUUCAAGGUCAAAAUAUUUCUGUCGCUUUUGCGAAGUGACAAGAGAUGCCUUUAUGGCCGAUUUUAGAUCGAUGGGACCUCGCCGUACGGCUGAGAGCUAUGAAAAAUGUCUAAAGCGCAUCAAGGAAGAAGGACUAGACUCAUGUCUUGGGGUUAAGUUUGACUCAUCCCUAAACUCACUCCUGAGUUUUCAUGCCACGUCUGGCCUGCCCCCGUGCAUUGCUCACGACCUAUAUGAGGGUGUAGUCCCAUAUGACCUAUCGCUUAUCCUUCGGAGACUCGCCAUUGAGAAGAAGUGGUUCAGCAUUGAGGAACUCAAUUCAAGAAUAGCGAACAUGAAGCUUAAGGGGCAUGACUCUAAGAACCGGCCGUGCAAAGUUUCCUGUGAAGGAAACUGUAGAGGAGAGGCAGUAGAGACAUUUUAUCUUGUCAGAUUUUUGCCCGUCCUGCUCUUUGACAAGGUCAGAGAUGUGGAAGAUGAGGCGUGGCAGCUAUACCUCAUCCUAAAAGACAUUGUAACCAUCUUGGCAUCGCCUCAACUUCAUGUGACUCAAAUAGAGUACUUGCGUGCUCUCAUUGAUGACUAUUUGUCCCGUAGGGUACAUCUGUUUCCUGGCAUAGCUCUAAAACCCAAACAUCAUUAUCUGAGGCACUACCCCGACCUCUGCUACGAAUACGGUCCAUUGUGCCAUUUGUCAACGCUUCGCUUUGAGAGCAAGCAUUCCUACUUUAAGCGAAUCAUACGCAGCACUCAAAAUUUCAAAAAUAUUACUUACUCUAUGGCAAGGAAGCACGAGAUGCUUCAGUCAUAUUGCAGAGCGGGCAAGCUUUUUCCAGAUGAAUUGCUUCAAGAGCAUGCAUUGUCUUUUGUAGAGGGAAUGUAUUCAAAAGAACUCACUGAUGGUGUAGUGAGCUGUGGCAUUCAACUGUCAGCUGCUGAAGUUAGUCAAACAUUGGUGUAUCGAGGGACAGAGUAUGUGGCGGGGUCGGUAAUUUUUUUCCAACAGUGUAGGGAGCCAAUGGCUGGCAAAAUAGUUUGCUGUAUCGUUGAGCACGGGAAGGUUGUGUUUGCGGUAGAGGCAUGCAAAAUAACAACAUGGGCAAGCAUGGGACUGAAAAUUGUAAAUUGUUGCAGAGGUAGUUUUCUGUGUGUUGCUUACAGUCAGCUUCUGGAUUUUUCUCCUUUGCACAUUUAUGCCUGUGGAACAAGGAAUGUGGUUUCCUUGAAACAUGAUGUGGAAUAUACUCCUUACCUGUAGAGCCCUGUGUAUCUGUGGGUAUCCACAGUGAACUGGUGGAUGCAAUAUCUUAAUAAAAAGAAAAUCAAACAGCUUAUGAAGUGUGACUGCGAGGGAAUCUUUUUUAAUUCACGCUUGUGUUUAUGAUAUAGGAGAAAUGUAAAGGAACACUUUGGAUGACCGGUAGAAAAGAAAGUCGAAGAUACAGUUCAGGUGUGGGUAUAAAGUCUCCAGAUGCAGAUUGCAUGAUCAGAUCGCUGUAUUCAUGCAGGGUUUUGCAUAUCUGUAGUUCUCAUCACAGUGAUGCUUUGCCAGGCUCCUUAACGCUUUAGAAUGCCUUUAUAAAAAUAGCUAAGUGUCUCCUGUCACUUUUUUUUUUUUGAUAGUAAAGGAAAUUUAAUCUAAUCACAUUGACUGUAUUUC